AUGAAGGCUGCCGAUCUGGACGAAUCUCUCCCUCUACCAAGAUAUCCUUCGCCAUACCGCUCGCUCGCUCAACCACCGCUGCCCCAGCGCAACCUCGAUAGCUAUGGCGACGCCAGGCCCUGCGGGUGCUGCGAGCACCACGAGGUCAAGAAGCGCGUUGGCAAGAAGCUUCAGAAGAAGCGAUUCGAGCCAAACACACCAAUUAUGGAACUUCCCCAAAGGCUAAAGGAGGGCGACAACAGGAGAGAAGGGGAUCCGGUCCCGAACCAGGGCCCGUCCGUGUUUAUGGAAAUGAACCAGUCCAUCUUCGGCCUCAUCGCCGCCGCCGGCGGCUCCCGUGUCGGCUUCCAGGAUCUCUUCGAGUCCAGCGAUGAUGAGAGCGCCGACGAUCACGGCAGCCACGACCGACACCUCAGCGCCGGCGAGGAUAGGACCCACGGCCUCGGUUGA